AUGAAAGGACUGAAAUGGUUGGAGUAUAGGGAUCCAGUUUUGUUUACAGGGACGCUGCGUUUCAACCUGGACCCCUUCGGCGUGCUUAGUGAUGCGGAAUUGUGGCGAGCCAUGGAGAAGGCUCACCUGGGUGAAUGGGUUCAUAACUUGCCUGCUGGGCUGGAUCACCACUGUGGCGAGUCCGGAUCUGCUCUGUCCGUAUGUUGA